AUGGAUCACGACCGCCUGGCCAUCAUGUGCGUGUUUGGAGCUGCCACUGCAUCAAUCAUGCUUCUGAUCUCUGAAAGCAUUUCAGGAUAUAGCAAUGCUUGGGGAAAAGGUAGGAAUUAGUUUUCUUUUAUUAUCCAAUAUUACCCAUUGGUUAAUUACAGAUGUGUUACAGCUAAAGGUCCAUACACACCGGACGCGAUUCGACAACGCGACGCGAUUUUUUGAUUUUCACUGAACGAUAACUUUGAUCCUAGUUUAAAUUUUCCAAAUAUUUAGAAGCGUUAGAACAUUUUGAGUUAUUUGGUCUACAUAUCUUAUAAAAUUUUCUCUCAUUGGCUGUUUUAUUAACUUUCAAAAACUAAAAAAUUGCGUCGCGUUGUCGAAUCGCGUCCGGUGUGUCUGGACUUUAAUGGUUUGCAUGUGGCACAGGUGGUUUAAUUAAUCUAUCAACAUUCUGGGGUUUAUAUAGUGUCUGUGAAGAGGGAUCCUAAUAAGCAUGACUCGUAUUUUACAUAACUGUACCGUGACUUUGGAGUUUCUGCUCAAUGAACCGCAUUUAGUAUGUCGAUCGACGUAUCUCAUGGUUAGGCGUUGUCUUCGAAACUAACCUAUUUGCUUAGAAAUGCGUGGCUAGUAUUUUUACUUACUCAUGCAUGGCUUAAACUAGAUGUUCAAUCUACAGAAAAAAUAUUACAUUUACAUAGAGUAGUAUAUAUAGUGAAUAUAACUUUACAAUACUUCAUAAUUAUCUUCCAAAUGUAUAUAUGCAUAAGACUUUAAUUUUGCAAGCUUUAUCUCAUGCAAUAGACCUUAUGCAUAAUGACGUCACAAGGCUUGAUGCCCGCGAGGAAUGCUGGUCUUAUAGUAGUCAUCGGUCAUCUUUAAAAAUUUUAUUAAUGGUAACAACUCCCUUUGACAAGUAAAAUCGUCUGGCGUUAGACAGAGUAAAAUAAUGAAGUAGGGUGCACUAGGGCGCAACACAACUCAGUGGGUUGAUCUUUCUUCUAGCAUUCCUUAUCAUUGGAACCUGUCUUGAAAUUGCUUUCCUCUAUUAUCCCUACUUUGGAUGUUUGACGUCACAUCACAGAAUAAUUGGCGCUUUGAUGGGACUUCCAUAUGCAACAGUCUA